GGGGGCACGGUCUCACACUGACAGAGGGUAGGGUUCGAUGGGAUAUGGGGAAGAAGUUUUUUCCUGUCGGGGUGGGGAGGCCCUGGCACAGGUUGCCCAGGGAAACUGUGGCUGCCCCAUCCCUGGAAGUGUCCAAGGCCAGGUUGGACGGGGCUUGGAGCAACCUGGACUAGUGGAAGAUGUCCCUGUCCAUGGGAUGGGCUUGAAGGUCCCUUGCAGCACAGACCAUUCUGUGAUUCAAGGAAGGCCCUUUUCUAACUGAAAUGUUGUAUCUCCUCUUGACUGCCAGCUUGUAGCUGCCAGUUCUCUGGAAGCAGGCCUGGCAGCCACCUGUUAUCAAUAGGAUGUGUGUGACAUGUUUGCAGAGAGGAAGGCUGUAAACCCAUCUUUAAGACCAAGGUAAACAACCCCAAAGGACUGAGUAAAAGCCAAAGGAAUUGGUUGUGUUGUCAAUUAUUUACUGGCUGUUGAAGUGACAUCAGGCAAGAGGUCAGUUUCAACCUUUCUAGGUUUCGUUUGAGUAGAAAAUAAUUGUGUUAUCUCCAGCGUAUGCUCUCUGAUGCAUCUCCAUGUGUUCUCACCUCUUCAUUGUGUAUCAGGAUAUAUUAACUGAAGGCAGAAUCAUUACAACACAGCAGUAAAAUAUAUUAAGAGUCACAGCCAGAUUUCUCACUCUACUGUUGACUUUCCUGGUAACCGUAAACAAGGCACACAAUCCAGUUGGCUCCACUUUUCCUCUCUGAGGAGAAGGUUAACCUUUUUUUCUCAUUUUCAAAAUAGCCUUAGAUGGUUAUGCCCAUGCCAAGUAGGGUUCCUUUUUUUGCUUUUCUCUUCUGCCACCAUUCUCCCACAAUUUUUAUGAACUAUUUUGUCACCGUUCUCCAUUCAGGAGGUUGGAAGGAAUUCUAACUGUUGAUUUUAUGGUUCUUUGAAGGCUCACUUAGCACACUUUUUGAGUGAAGGAAAGAAGAAAACUAGGUCUUCUAAGAAGAGUAAAAUGCUCACUUCGGAUGGGUAUGCAGAAAUGUCUGCUGAUGCCGUGCUACUACCAUGUUAUCAGCAGAAGUGUGUUGGAAAAAUGCCUGUCAAGGACUCCACAAGAAAGGCACAAUCAGACAGAGAACCUACAACAUCUCCAAAGGCCUGGAGAAAUGUAGAUACAGGUUCAGCUGAGGAAGUCAGAGGCCUACCUGAUAUAGUUGGGUUUGGAAAAACUGUGGAAUAUGAUUCACCAGGAAUCCUUGAACAGAAAGAAGUGGAUUAGGACAAUGGAUGAAUCCCUAAAGGAGAUUGAAAGGAGACAAACCUCUAAAAUAGCAGAUAUACUGAAAAAGUAUACAGUGAAACUGGAGGAAAUUUCCUUCUUCUUGGCAGCUGAUGUUCACAAGCUCAUCAAUGACGAGGCCAUGAAUAUAAACCGAGCACUGUUGGGUAAUAGGAGGGCAACUGCCAAGCUGCUCUUUAAUCUAAUGAAAUCAGAGCUUGAGAAGGAAAAGUCUCAUCAAUUGAAAUGGCAAGAGAGAGUCAAGGACUGGAAGCUCAUCCAAAAGAACCGUGUAAUUCAGAGUUUCAGAGAAUUUAUGGCAAGUGAAGAAAUACAGAAUCCUUCCACUGUGAAAACAGAAAUGGAAAAUAUGAUAAAGGAGCAGAUUGUACUUAGUGAGCGGAGACUGGGGGUUUUGCAGCACAUUGGCACCUUGAUGCCUCCUAUGCACAUGAAAUCUGAGAUAAAUGAAUGGUACAGAACUCUGGAGAAUUUAAACCAAAGUUUAGACACCCACAGUAUGGAGUGCGUGAAGAAAAUGCGCAUCAAGUAUGAGCUGGUCCAGGGCAAAUGUCGGGAGAAAGUGCAGGUCUGCAAGAUGAGCCUGUUGGAUAUGAAUGUUUGCACGGUAAAAGAUGUUGAACUUGUGCAUUCUGACAUGCUUCAGAUGGCUGAGAAACUAGAACGUAGGUUUGAAGAAGAACUGGAGCGUAUGGAUAGAGACUUUAAGGAGAUGGCUAAACAGCAUGAGCGGUGUUGUCAAGGCUUGUACAGCUAUUUUCAGGAGGCCAUGGCCCUCUGGGAUUUCCAUAAACUUCAACUGUCCCAGCAGGAAGGUCAACUUCAGAAGAAAGUAGAUGAAUGCAGAUGGGAACAGGAUACUAUUAUACAGAUGAGAAAAGUUGAUCUGGAUAUAGUUUUGGAAAAAAUGAAAAUGGCAAGCUGUGAAGAAGAGCUUAAGAAAUAUAUGGAGAAGGCCCUUUCUUCUUUAGAUCAUAUUAGAACUAGGAAUGAGACACUCAACCAAGCUGUAAUGGAUGAAGUAAUGGCUUACCCAAAAGCUGUUUUGCGGGAGUUGAUUUCUUACAGCACAUCCAUCAGCCAGCAUUUUAAUGUAAAGGAAAUCUUCAAACAGCAUCCAAAAUUGCCUCCAGGACUCGAGGUGAGGCCGCACCAGCACAGAGCAGAGUGGGACAAUCGGCUCUCUCAACCAGUGCUGGAAGAGAUAGACAGUUGUCAACGAUCAGAUGGAGAAACAAACCCAGCUGAGCAUGAGGAGAUCUUGGCACAGGAAACUGAAGAAACAGAGGAAGAUGGAGAGAGCAUUCCUCAUAAAAGUGAAGAAACCGAACAUGCAGAACAAGGGGCAGUGUUCAAUAGCAGCAAGGCAAAAAGUGCUGAAAUUGCCAUGGAGAAAUUUUCCACUGUUAGUGGAAACAUUUACACUGUCCUUGGAGUUGAAGAGGCAGGAAAGACUGAUAUAACAGAGAAUUAUUUUACAAAAUAUGAAAAGGAAGAAUCACUUCCUAUGUACCUGAAAUAUAUUCUUCUCAAAGAAGCUGUGUUUGUCAAGCUGAAGAAAAAGAUUCGCCUCUGCUUUUUUGAACACUUGGAGAAAUGGUUUGCAGAAUCCUUGUCCAACUCCCAUGUCUUUGUGGCUGCCAAGAAAGAGGAGCUGAAUUCAAUACUUCUGCUGCAUCGUCAGUUGCAUCAACAAAAGCAGGAGGAGAUACAGACAAAUAUGUACAACGUUCGAGCUGGGGAACUGUCACUUCACAAAGAGCGUCUUGAAUGCCACUGUGCGGGGCUGGGAGAAGGCCUGAAAAAGGAGAAAGCUGAAUUUCUCAAAUUUUUGGAUCAGCUAAAUAACCUCAACACAAACUUAGGCUCCCAAAUCCGUAACUUGGAGUAUGACUUCCUCCAUGCUCCUAAGACUGAGCAGUCAGCUUCUUUCAGCAACAAUCUGCAACCACAGCUCCACAAUCAUCUGGAAUCAAUUGGGCUUACUGUGAGGAGUUACCAACACCAUCUGGAGGAAGCUUUAGGGAAACUUAAGUGUUCAAAUGUAGAUUUUCUCAAAACUUGCAGAUUAUUUUCAGAGGGAGGUAACUUCUCUUCUGAAGAGGUAAAGUUUUUCAACAGAUAUCUUCAGAAUGAAAGUAAGCAAAUUGACUCUUUGGAAAGUUUAAUCAAAACAGAUGUGCAGAAAAUGGAAUCAAGCUGCUUGGAGCAGGCUACUGCACUUAUCAAGCAGUCUGAAAAGAAAUUUGCUGAUGUCUCUGUGAGUCGAGCCUUUAUGGAGAAGGUUCAGCGAUCUUUGAGAUGGCUACAACAGCAAAUCAAAUCAGAGGUAGCAAAUUCCAAUUUGCAGUCAGUGACAUUGAAGUCUUACCUGGAGAAGCUCCAGCAGAAGAGACAUGCUUGUGCUCAUCCUGCUGCAGAUAAAGAAGCUUCAGCUUCUGAAGAGUUGUAUGAUUUUGCUAAAGAGGUGUUGAAAGAGCUGAAAAAGAGAAGCCAGUAUCUUGACUGCUUCUUAGAAAAAACAAUGAUCCCACAUGCCAAUGAGGACUUUACCACUCUUGCCAUGGAUGGGAUGUUACAAGAUUCCAUUGCUCCUGCUGUUCAAACGGAGAAUCUCAGAGAUAAGAGCAAAAGGACGGUAAUGGGGCUGGAUCCUGAAAAAUUCCCGUUGUUAAUUCCAAGCAAAAUGGAUACUUCAGCACUUCAUGAUUUGGCAAUAAGUGUUAUCCAAAAUUUAGCUGGAUUUGACCCGUCCAAACAAUCUCCAGCCUUAAAUCAAGAGGAAAAUGAUCACUCUCGUUCAUUAGGACCAGCCAUUCUUCCUCCAAUAAAGAAGAAGGUAUCCAACACAGCUCAGAUCUCCAAGAAAUCAUCUUGGGAUGAAAUGAAGCCAAAAAAAAGCGAAAAGAAAAGCUCCAAAUCCAUUGUCAAGGACAAGAGAUACCAAUUAUUUGAAAAGAAGCCUACAAUGUCUGAUACUUUUAAGGGGAUUAUUAUGAAUAUUCUCUGGACGGGUAGCAAAACCUUGCUUGGCCUUGGUGAGGAUUUUUAUGGAGUAAAGACAGCUCAGAUGGGAAUACCUAAAGAUCUUCCAGAGACUUUUGAAGAUUGGGCAGAAAUGCUCAGACAGAAACUAUUGUCGUACAAAAGGCAGGCAGAUGAUUACUACCAUUUCUGUCUUAGAGAAUUCCAGGAUCAGCUGAAGUGGUUUGAGGAGGAGCUCUCUUCUGUCUCCCAGUUGGCAGUGGAUAGUCUUUUAAAAGAACAUGAGCAGAAACUCAGCACUUCCACUGGUCAGAUUCAGCACCUCUUCAACAGACAGCUGGAGGAGUGGGAGAAGGUGAAGACUGUGCACCAGAGAAAAUUACAUUACUCCCUGGGACACCCAAACAACUCUCUUCAGCUGGAGGCUUUGUGCCAAAAGGAAAUAAAAAGACAAAAAGCUCAAACUGAUGGUGUUCAUCUCAACACAAAGAUGCUGCAGGACUGUGCUACUGAGUGUGCUCAGAGCUUUUUUUCUGCACUGGCUGCCCUCACUGAAAAGCUGCUCUUGGAAUUAGAUGAAACCAUCACUGCUGGUGACAUACAAGUAGCAGAAACUGAAAUACCUAGAGAGAAGAUGUCGACUUUAAUCCAUCGUAAGCAAGCUGGACUUCCUCUAGAAACCUCUAAAGUUCAACAGUUAAUCAAACAAGGGAGGAGAACUUGGCCAGGAAUACCUAAGACUACUCUUCAUGAAACUCCAGACUAUGUUCUUUGCAGAGGAACUGCAUCAGUUUCAACAGCUUGGACUACCCUGGGCCAACUUGCAGUGUUGGAUGCAAGACAAGCUGCAUACAAGAAAUACAAAUGUAAGCUUGAGCAGCUGUUUGCCCAGAUCAAAGAAGAAAGUGCAGCUCAGCUGCUGGCAAUUCAGCGUUGGGAAGAUUGGUGGGAACAAUCCAUCCAAAAGAUAAAGCAGCUCUACCUCUGAGAUCAGUCAAUUCUUGCUGAAUCUUUCUUUGUUGGUGUAAAUUGACAAGUUUGUACUAAUGUCAUCAGUGUUACAGAGUUAGUCCAAUACAGUUUUUUCUUUUAUCCUACUAAUCUGCUGCAUUGAAAGAAGCUAAUUUUUACCUUUUUGCAUUGUGUUACCACUAUUGUUUCCUCAUAUGUAAUUUUAAGACAAUUCAUAUACUCAUCUUUACAAUUUACAUAAUCUCUUGGUUUGGCUACAGUAUCAUCUGUUACUAUUUGCUUAUGAGUAUUUGUGCACACAAAUCCUUUGUGCAGGGGAUCUUAAUGCAUAUGUAUUAGCUGAGUUUGUUUUGUUGCAAUUUUGUUACUUUGAGUUGGUUUGGUCCGAAAACUUUGCAAGGCAUGGAUGAAAACUAUCCCCAACCCUUGUAUCAAGGCCUCUGUGCCCGAGCACCUCUGCAUGGAGAUCUCUGAUUGGAGAUGGCCAACCUGAAAAAGAAAUAC